UUUGUGUUCAAAUAUGUUUUCGGCAAAAAUGUGGAUAGUUUUUGUGUUAACAGCUGUAAAUGUUUACGUGGAAUCUUCAGAGGAAGUGACAUUAUAUUGCCGCCCGGACGAGGAACUCUACGGCUGCAUCAACGCGCCCUGUGGUAGGUGGGAGUGUUCCCAACCUGAAUCCGGCAUAUGUGUCGACGUGGUACCGGGAGGAUGUAUACCAGGGUGUAAGUGCAAGGAACCGCUACUCAGAACUGAUGAUGGAAGAUGCGUACCCGCCAGUCAGUGCCCACCACCAAAAUGCCGCGGUCCCAACGAGUUUUUCAUGUGCGGGCCAGCUUGUGACAACGUCUGUUCUGAACUAAACAUUCGUAACCAGACCCAUUGCGACAUACUCAACAUACAAUGUAACCCCAUGUGCUACUGUAUAGAAGGGCAUGCGAGGGAUGCUAACGGAAUAUGUAUACCUAUCGAGCACUGUCCAGCACAAAUUUGUGGAGAAAAUGAAGAAUACACGCCAUCCGGUAUCUGUCAGGCACGAACUUGCGAUGAUCUAGGAUAUCCACUACCUUGUUAUAACCCGAAUUCUGGAAUAACAAUUAACCAAGGCCCGGGGUGCGUCUGCAAGCCGGGAUAUGUGAGAGAUUGCAAUGGAAAAUGCAUUCCUAAUUCACAAUGUCCUUCAUGUGGUGGUGAUCCCAAUGCUACAUCAGGAUGUAGUACAUUCUGUACCACAUGCGAUAACUACGGACAAGAAGUAGUUUGCAUACAAUCUUGUAUUCUGAAUGGCUGCGCUUGCAAAGACGGGUAUAUCUACGACAUUGCCAAUAAAAAAUGUGUUCUACCACAAAAUUGUCCUGCUAAAACAUGCAACAAACCAAACGAAAUAUUAGGGUGCAAAAACGCUUGCCCAGUAAGAACAUGCGCAAGUACACGCUACAAACAGCUAUACAAAUGCCCACCACCACCAAAAGAUUGUGAGCAGGGGUGCGUUUGCGCACCUGACUUCUUCAGGAAUAGCAACGGAGACUGUGUCCCUAGGGAUCAGUGCUUUCCAAACAUAACUUGUAGAACUGAUGAAGAAUACAAUAGCUGUGCCAACGGUGGCUGCGGUAGAUGGUUAUGUUCCCAACCUAGUAGUAUAUGCAUCGACCCGGUAAAAGGAGGCUGCGUGCCUGGGUGCAGAUGCAAAGCACCGCUGUUGAGGACAAGCGAUGGUAGAUGCGUUCCUGGCAACCAAUGUCCACAACCUCAAUGUGGAAUAAACGAAGAAUUCGUUCAGUGCAAGGAUUCAGUUUGUCGUCCUCAAACAUGUGGAGAUUUAGGGUUCCCUCUAGGCUGUCUGCAAGCUAUUGCUAAUAACAAUGAAGGCAAGACUUGUCAGCAAGGUCCAGGCUGUGUCUGUAAAGAAGGGUUUGUAAGAGACAGCAACGGAAAUUGCAUAUCAGCUGAGCAAUGUCCCUCAUGUGGAGGUGACCCUAACGCUACGACUGGUUGUGGUACAUUCUGUACUACAUGCGAUAACUAUGGGCAAGAAGCUUUUUGUAUACUACCAUGCCAACUGAACGGCUGCGCUUGUAGAAAUGGUUACAUCUACGACACUGUCAAUAAGAAGUGCGUUCUCCCACAAAACUGUCCUCCUAAGCAACUCUGCACCAAGCCUAACGAAAUCUCCGGAUGCAAUAACACUUGCUCGCCUAGAACAUGUGAAGCUAAAGACAGGAUAUACGAAUGUCCACUUUCGCCACUUACUCCUCAACCGUGUGUGCAAACUUGUAUCUGCGCUCCCGGCUUCUACAGAAAUGCAGCUGGUGACUGUGUUACCAAGGACCAAUGCCUUCCAUUAAACUGCCGACCUGACGAGGAACUCUACGGCUGUAUCAACGCGCCCUGUGGUAGGUGGGAGUGUUCCCAACCUGAAUCCGGCAUAUGUGUCGACGUGGUACCGGGAGGAUGUAUACCAGGGUGUAAGUGCAAGGAACCGCUACUCAGAACUGAUGAUGGAAGAUGCGUACCCGCCAGUCAGUGCCCACCACUUCAAUGUGGAAAAAACGAAGAAUAUGUUCAGUGCAAGGAUUCAGUUUGUCGUCCUCAAGCAUGUGGAGAUUUAGGGUUCCCUCUGGGCUGUCUGCAAGCUAUUGCUGAUAACAAUCAAAGCCAGACUUGUCAACAAGGCCCAGGCUGUGUCUGCAAAGAAGGGUUUGUAAGAGACAGCAACGGAAAUUGCAUAUCAGCUGAGCAAUGUCCCUCAUGUGGAGGUGACCCUAACGCUACGACUGGUUGUGGUACAUUCUGUACAACAUGCGAUAACUAUGGGCAAGAAGCUUUUUGUAUACUACCAUGCCAACUGAACGGCUGCGCUUGUAGAUAUGGUUACAUCUACGACACUGUCAAUAAGAAGUGCGUUCUCCCACAAAACUGUCCUACUAAGCAACUCUGCACCAAACCUAACGAAAUCUCCGGAUGCAAUAACACUUGCUCGCCUAGAACAUGUGAAGCUAAAGACAGGAUAUACGAAUGUCCACUUUCGCCACUUACCCCUCAACCGUGUGUACAAACUUGUAUCUGCGCUCCCGGCUUCUAUAGAAAUGCAGCUGGUGACUGUGUUACCAAGGACCAAUGCCUUCCAUUAAAUUGCCGACCUGACGAGGAACUCUACGGCUGCAUCAACGCGCCCUGUGGUAGGUGGGAGUGUUCCCAACCUGAAUCCGGCAUAUGUGUCGACGUGGUACCGGGAGGAUGUAUACCAGGGUGUAAGUGCAAGGAACCGCUACUCAGAACUGAUGAUGGAAGAUGCGUCCCCGCCAGUCAGUGCCCACCACCUCAAUGUGGAACAAACGAAGAAUAUGUUCAGUGCAAGGAUUCAGUUUGUCGUCCUCAAGCAUGUGGAGAUUUAGGGUUCCCUCUGGGCUGUCUGCAAGCUAUUGCUAAUAACAAUCAAAGCCAGACUUGUCAGCAAGGCCCAGGCUGUGUCUGUAAAGAAGGAUUUGUUAGAGACUGCAAUGGAAACUGCAUAUCAGCUGAGCAAUGUCCCUCAUGUGGAGGAGAUCCUAACGCUACGACUGGUUGUAGUACAUUCUGUACAACAUGCGACAACUACGGACAAGAAGCAUUUUGUAUACUAUCAUGCCAACUGAACGGCUGCGCUUGUAAAGAUGGGUACAUCUAUGAUACUGUAAAUAAGAAAUGUGUUUUACCGAAAAACUGCUCUAAGAAAUGCAACAAACCUAACGAAAUUACUGGAUGCAAAAAUGCCUGUCCACCUAGAACUUGCGAAGCUAAAGAUAGAGAAUACAAAUGUCGACCUCGCCCACAAUUUUGUGAACCAGAUUGCGUCUGCGCUCCGGGCUUCUACAGAAAUGCUGGUGGUAACUGUGUUACUAAAGAACAGUGUGACCAAUGCUCCGGUCCCAAUGAAUUCUUCUCUUGCGGUGGUGCUUGUGACAACGUAUGCUCAGAACUGUCCAUCCGGAAUCAGACAAAAUGUGACAUCAUCAAUAUAAAGUGUAACGACAAGUGCUACUGCUUAGAAGGCUUUGCGAGGGACGCUAAAGGAAUCUGUAUACCUAUAAAGAAAUGUCCAAAUCCAGUACAAUGCGGUGAUAAUGCGGAAUUCGUAACUGAACCAGUAUGUCGUCCCGAGACUUGCUCAGAUCUCGGCUUUCCGUUACCUUGUCUGGAUCCUGAAUCUGGUAUCACUGCAAGCCAUGGCCCAGGUUGCGUCUGUAAAGUUGGGUUUGUGAGAGACAAUAAUGGAAAAUGCGUAUCAGAGAAACGGUGUCCUUCAUGUGGUGGUGAUCCCAACGCUACAACAGGUUGUGGUACAUUUUGUGAAACGUGUGACAACUACGGGCAAAAUGCACCCUGUAUUUUUAUAUGUCGGUCGAAUAGUUGUGCAUGCAAAAAUGGAUACAUUUAUGAUACUCUAAAUAAGAAGUGCGUUUUGCCACAGAACUGCCCUGCUAAAUGUAAUAAGCCUAACGAAGAAUGGGGAUGUCAGAAUGCCUGCCCACCUCGAGUUUGUGAGUCUAUAGGCAAGAACAUCAAAUGUCCAAUUGUUGCCCAAGUGUGUAUCCCGGCAUGUAACUGCAAGAGAGGGUUCUUCAGGAAUAGGUCUGGUGACUGUGUUUCUAAGCAACAAUGCUUGGAACCUCCAAAAUGUGGGAAAAAUGAAGUGUACGCAAAGGCCGUGAGCUGCCCGCCACAAACUUGCCUAAGUAGACUUGCACUGAUCAACUGUCCUCCACAAAAUGCGACUAGUAUUGCCAAAUAUGAGUGCCGCUGUAAGCCAGGAUUCUUAAGAAACGAGAUAGACGAGUGCAUCCCUGCAGAUAAAUGUUCUUCAUGUAAUGGUAAAAAUGAGAUAUACGCUCGUUCUGUGAGUUGUCCACCUCAAACCUGCAUCAGUAUCACAGCACGCUACAUUUGUUCCGAGUUUAAACCUCCAACUACAGAGUUUGAGUGCCGAUGCAGGCCAGGAUUCUUCAGAAAUAAAAUCAAUGAGUGCAUCUCUACCGAGGAAUGUGGAAAGUGCACAGGACCAAACGAGUACUAUUCCUGCGGGCCAGCUUGUGAUAAUGUCUGCUCUGAACUCAGCAUCCGGAAUCAGACCAACUGUGACAUUAUCAAUAUCAAGUGUAACGGCAAGUGCUACUGUAUCAAAGGAUACGCAAGAGAUGCCAAUGGAAUAUGUGUACCGAUCAAGGAUUGUCCACCUCAAUGUGGACGAAAUCAAGAGUACGUGGAAUGUCCAGACGCCGUAUGCCGUCCCAAGACCUGUGAUCAAGUCGGGUUACCAGUAGCUUGUCCUGAUCUAAGCACUGGUCUAAGCUGCCAGAGCAAGCCCGGCUGCAUCUGCAGUGAAGGUUAUGUACAACAUCAAAACGGUACUUGCAUACCGUACAGCGCGUGUCCGUCGUGCGGGGGAGACGCGAACGCUGUAUCUGGAUGCGGGGUAUACUGCAACACAAAAUGUACCGGCAACACAAAGAUAUGUCGUAAGAUAUGCGAAUUCAACAGUUGUGAUUGCAAGCCCGGCUUCCUACUCGACACCGUGCUGAAUGCAUGCGUCCUCCCUGACAAGUGCACCUGUGGUCCAAACGAAGUAUUUUCCAAGUGCACGAAUAGAGCUUGCCACAGAAGCAACUGCGCGCAGUUGUCCAUACCUUGGGUCUGCAGAGCCCUGGCAACACCAUCCAGUUCUGACGAAUCCUGCGUACCGGGUUGCGAGUGUGUUCCCGGGUACUUGAGGAACAGUAAUGGCGACUGUAUUCCUCAGAAUCAAUGUCCAGAAGCAAAGAAUCAGACUGGCAGCAAUACAAAUGGAGAUGUAAACGCAGCUGCUCAACUUGAAAAUGGAAACGGUGUUUUUACUUCUAGAUUCUUAUAUGAAGCCGCGAAGAAUAACCCGGGACAGAGUGUAGUGGCGUCCCCGUUGAGCGUUCUAUUCCUGCUGGCACAAUUAGCCCUGUUCGCAACAGGUGUAGCGUUAGAACAACUCAACGCCUUGCUGAACCUCAAUUCUCCACAACAGAUACGAGGAACUAUACCACCGUACUUGAUAUCGUUUAAUUCUGAGAAAAAUAUAACACUUCGACUCGCAGAAAGAGUUUACGGAAGUGAAAAAUACCCGUUCAGUGAGAGUUUCAAAGAAGUCACAAGGAAUGUGUUCUUGGCCGAAGCUCAAAAUCUUGACUUCUCCAACCCCAAAGACGCUGCAAAAUCCAUUAAUGACUGGAUUGCGAGUCAAACUAAUAACCUCAUUCAAAAUUUAGUUCCUGAAAACAGCCUCAAUGCAGAUACGCGCUUGGUUCUAACAAAUGCAAUCUACAUGCGGGCCAAUUUUUCCAAACCGUUCAAUAUAAAGAACACACAGCCAAGGGACUUUCACGUAUCCGACACAAAAACCGUAACUGUACGAAUGAUGAAUCAAGUUUCAAGGUUCAGAUAUGGAGUUAUGCCAAAAUCACAGGCACAGGUUGUUGAGUUACCUUAUCAAAAUGAGAACGCGUCCUUGCUAAUCCUUCUGCCUCCUAAGACAGCUGACGGCAUGGACAACUUGCUUGAAGAACAGCUAGGCUUUGCAUCCAUAACAGCUGUUCUAUCGAACCUUUCAUAUAAGAAACUUGACCUAUCCUUACCGUCAUUUGGCACGGAAACUAGAACGGAUUUAAAGGAUAUACUGGAAAAGGCUGGUGUCAAACAAAUAUUUAAAUCAGAUUCGGGGUUAAGUGGAAUAUUCGCGAAACCAGAAAACGUAUCUGUAUCUUACGCUUCACAGUUAGCAAAAAUUACCGUGGACGAGUUUGGGGCUGAAGCAGCGGCUGGAAAUGCAAUUGUUGUGGGAGUCACAUCAGUGGGAGUGAUUGAAGAUCCGAUAGAUUUCAACGCGGACCGCAGCUUCCUCUAUUACCUCUUACUUAGAGGAAACCCCCUGUUUUGUGGCAGAUAUGCUGGCCCUCAGUAAAUUUAUAAUAAAAUUCGUGAAUUUAUAAAUAUCAUCAAAUUGUUUACAGAUAAUACUACCACUUUAUAUAACUAUGUUUAAAUUUAAUAAUAAUACUAGAU